ACAAGGAUAAGUUUCAUGAUGCAUUCUCUGGCGGCACGAAAAUGUCUCAGAUAGUCUCUCUGCGAGUGAACUUGGAUUGCUCGGCUUGCAGGAGGAGGAUGCACAAGCUGCUCUCCACAAUGCGAGGAGUGGAAAUGGUCGAGAUUGAUGUGCCCGAGCACAGGGUGAUUGUCCGCGGGGAGAUCACAGAGAACGAGGUGUUGAGGGCAGCGAGGAAACUUAAGAACAACGUUACCACUUGGGAGCCGCCGGUGGAACAGGAAGAGAAACUAAAGAGACCCCCCCUUGUUGACCGGCAUUUGACUGGACCAAGUCAAGUGCUAAGAUUUACUAGAUGUUAAACGUGUUCUUGUUCGUUCCUGUCAA